AUGAUCCUCAGCCGCUGGUCCUCCCUGCUCGUCUUCGUGCUCGUCGCGACCCUUGCCUCGGCCAGCGUCGCCGUUGAGAGCAAGCCCGGUCGCCUGCUUGCUUCCGACGAGCGCCGUCAAGUCCUGGCCGCGUCUGCCAAGGACGUCGACCCCGCUCCCCGUGGCGUCGCCGUCGUCGAGCGUCGCAUGUACAGCGGCGAUGGGCCGGAGGACCGCCGCGCGUACCACUUCGACACGAUGCUCAACAGGUACCCCUCCUCGCUGUCGCCCGCCGAGCAGGUGCUUCACCACGAGAGGCUCGACCGCUAUUACGAGUACCUCAAGGCGGCCAAGAAGGCCUUUGGUCUCGGCGACCGCGCCUUUCCGGGCACGAUGACCAAGGCCGAGUUCGACGGGUUCAUGAUGGACGUCUUCAACAAGCUCGACACGUCCGACCGCGCGACCCUCGAGGCUCUGCCCCUGGAGGAUCCCUUCUUCAUCAGCAGCGGCGCCAUCGACCCUGCCACGUACAUGGCCUGGAAGAACGAGGGCGUGCCCGCCCUCCUCGAGAAAUUCGCGACGAUGGCGAGCCGCCGUCCCCUCGUCCGUCGCGCCAACCCGGGCGACGGCCAGGCUGGCGAGAGGCAGGCCCUGUCCGACUGGUUCAACAGCCGCCGUCAGGCACUCCGCGGCGCUCGCCUCGACGAGUACCACCGGCUCCAGGACCUGUGGGGCAGGUACCGCCUCUACCUCCGCGUCGUCUUUGGCCUGUCGGAGGAGCAGCUGGACCCGGCGCUGUCGCGCGACGACUUCCGCCAGUACAUGCAGUUCGUCUACCACAAGCUCGACGGCAUUGACCAGGCCGACCUGGCCGAGCUGCCUUACAACGACCACAUCGUCGAGUACUCGGGACGCAGGACCCCGGCCGCCAUGAGGAACUGGGAUCGGGCCGUCCCCACCCUCCUCCAGGAGCUCGGCGAAAUUGCCCGCCACGGCAGGCCUUGA